AUGCUGGCUGCUGCCCUUUCCCGCUCCCUCGUCUCCCGGCGCAUUGCCACGCACUCGGUGCGAUGCUUGGCCUCCAAGCCUCCGCCGAAGCAGCCAGUGCGAGACACCCCUCCGCCACCACCGGCACCCACGGGACCGUCAUCGCCGUCCUCGUCUUCAGUGCCUAGCCUGGAUUUCUCGCCGACGAUAGAGGAGGAUGAGGGCCCUCGUGAGCGGACCGGUGCGCGGUCUUCAGAGAACUCGCUGUCGAGUAUCGAGCGGAGAAGACGGAUGCUCGCUCGCGGUGCGUUGGCAGCCUUCCUGGUCGGGGCCGGCGUGCAGACCUGGCUCAUGGGAAGGGAGUGGGAGGAAUGGGAGCUGAAGGAGAGGAGGAUGAAAAUCGAGGAUGCGCCUUCCACGAGAUGGGGACGGACAAAAUCUCGCUUCACCCAGAUGUUCGACUUUUUCACAGAACCGCUGUGGCCUGAGCUCCUCCCCGAUCCGCAUCCUUCGAUCCCCCAAAAGCCUUACACCUUGCUAGUGUCUAUCGACGACCUGCUUGUGACGUCUACGUGGGACCGUCAGCACGGCUGGCGGACAGCGAAGCGUCCCGGGGUGGAUUACUUCAUCGCAUAUCUGUCGCAAUUCUACGAAGUCGUCGUUUUUACCACCCAGUAUAAUUAUACAGCAACACCUAUUUUAGAUAAACUAGACCCCUACCAGUUCUUCAUCACCUACAGGCUAUACCGGGACGCAUGUCGAUCUGUGAAUGGGCAGCCGGUGAAGGAUCUGUCCUAUCUCAACCGAGACUUGUCGAAGGUCGUCGUUCUGGACACACACCCAGAGCACGUAACCCCGCAGCCGGAGAAUGCUAUCAUCAUGCCUAAGUGGACGGGCGAUUCGAAGGACAGAGGGCUCAUCGCGAUAAUUCCAUUCCUUGAGUCCAUAGGAAUCUUCAAGCCGCCAGACGUCCGGCCGAUCCUGCAGGCAUACCACGGGAAGAACAUCCCCGUGGAGUACGCCAAGAAGGAGGCCGAGAUGAAGCAGAAGCACAUCGCGGAAUGGCAGCAGAGCAAGGGCCUUUCCACGAACUCUUUCACUCUGAGCAGUCUGUUCGGGAGCCCCAGCCAGCCGCAAUCCUCGCCGAUUCCGCCGACGUACCUGGAGCAGAAGCGCCGCGAAGCGCAGCUGCAGUACCAGGAAGAGCAGGCGUACAUCCGCGCUAACAAAGAGAACUUUGAGCGCAUGAUCAAGGAGGAGCAGGAGGCGUUGGAGCGCGAGAUGCGCGGGGGGACGUUGUGGGGCUCGAUGCAGUCCAUGGUGGUGGGCCCACCGCCCCCGCAGCAAAAGGACCAGCCUGCGCCGGGUCCUGCGGGUGUUGCGGCCACUGCUGGUGCGACGACUUCGGCUCAGCCAGGUACCGAGUGA